AUGAUCUCACUAAAACAUUUAGAUAUUGGGAGCAACUUUCUAAACACAUUAGCCGAUCUCGCUGAGAACAUUUUAACGCAAAUUCAGCCAAAAGCUAUUGAUGACAUUUUCUUCACUGGAGUUUCAUAUAGAAGCUAUGUUGAGCAAGUGAUUAAACAAAUGGAAAGAAAAGAAAAGGGCAACAUUACGAGUCUUUUUGAGGCAACAAACGAACUUGCAUUCAACGAGCUGAGAAUGGAUGCAUUGAAGGAAUUCGAGCGAUUGUGGAAUCAGCAAAAUGAAAUCAAUGCCUACUCGCCAAUUGAUCCGGAACUCUUCGAAGAGACUGGGAAAACGAUUUUGGAGACUGUGACUCAAGAAUUCAGUGCU